AAAAGGGGAGCAUUUUCAUUGUUCAAUAUGAACACAUCGUAUUCCAAUAUUGUCUAGGGUUCAAUCUCUGUUCUGUUAUGAUCACCUAGACAAUAUAAUAAUGUAUAAUACUAUAAUAAUGUAUGAUCAUAUGAUGACUUACAAUACAAGGUAAAACAAGUAAGUAAGGUUUCGCUUGUGGCAGUUGACGUUGACACCGACACGUUACUUGGGAAAAAUGGCGUGUGUUGAUACGUGUACACCUCUGAAGAUAUUGUUAUUUUUAUAUAUUAUUCAAAUAUGCCUACACUUAAAUCAAACUCAAACAGUACCCUGGUACGAAAAUUUACCUGCGGUGGCGAUGGAUUAUAAAGUGCAUAUAGAUGCUGGGAAAGAAGAUUGUUAUUACCAAUAUGUUCAACCUGGCGCUACAUUUUAUGUUAGUUUUCAAGUCCUUAGAGGUGGAGAUGGUAUGGCAGGCUUUGCAGUUCGCCAUCCAAGUGGCCAAAUAGUUCAUCCUUAUCAAUGGCAGGCUAAUUCUGAUUAUAAUGAUCAGAAAUCAACUGGUGGUUAUUAUUCUGUAUGCAUAGACAAUCAGUUCUCAAGAUUUGCGAGCAAGCUUGUUAAUUUAUAUAUCACUGUCAUACAGUAUGAUCAGUGGGACAAAUUUACUAAAGAAGUCGAAGAAUUGAAUUUAAAUAUGAAUAAUUUUACAUCCACUAUUAAAACAGUUGAAAGAAAUAUCAAUGAGAUGUUGCAGUAUCAGUAUUACAGUCGGGGUAGGGAAGCAAGAGAUUACAAUAUAUUAGAAGCAAAUAAUUCUUAUGUUAUGAACUGGUCAAUUGCCCAAAUACUUGUUAUUGCAUUUACUACUUAUGUUCAGGUGUAUUUUGUCAGAAGAUUGUUUGAUGUAAAAAGUGGAACCAGUGGGACAAAAUCUAGGAUUUGAAUGAUUAAAAUUACUAAUUUUUAUAUACAGUGGGAAUGAGGGUUUGUA